AUGACAGGGCAGUGGAGGAUUUCUCGAGUAGAGGUAUCUCACUCACACCCGCUUAAUCCAAAGCUAUCUGGAAUGUUCUCAGCAAACCGUCAGUUAAGUAUGCAUGUGAAGGACCUGAUACAGCAAAACGACCAAGCUGGCAUUAGACCGAAUGAGACGGAUUCAAAAGAGUUACUUAAGCACUUCUCACGGAUGAAGGAGCUCAAUCCGAAUUUUUUCUUUGAAAUAGAUGUGGACGAAAACCAUAGCAUUAGAAAUGUGUUUUGGGCCGAUGCUCGGUGUAGAGCUGCAUGGGAAUAUUUUGGUGAUGUCGUGACGUUUGACACUACUUACAAAACUAAUAGGUACGACAUGCUGUUCGGGUCUUUUGUAGGUGUCAACCACCAUGGGAUGUCUACGCUUCUUGGGUGCGCAUUAUUGCGGAAUGAGGACACUCAUAUGUUUGCUGACCGACACAUGUGGGUACCAGUAUUUUUCAAGGACGAAUUCUGGGCUGGCAUGAGGAGCACACAGCAUAGUGAGAGCAUGCAUUCAAUUUUUGAUAAGUACUUAAACAGUAAGAGCUCUUUGUUGCAAUUUGUUCGCCAAUACCAAAACCGUGUUAUAGACAAGGAGCAAAAGGAGUUUGAGUGUGAUGCUACUGAUUUAAGGGGGAUUAUCCCUUGUGUUUCCAGCUCACCAAUAGAGAAGCAGUUCCAGAGAGAAUAUACAAACUCCAUGUUUCGAGACGUUCCGGAUCAAUUUAUACGAUUGUGA